AUGCAGGAUGUUACGGCUAGAGUGUUUGCUGCCAUGCAAAAUCUCGACAUAACAGCAUUAAGUACAUAUCCUCAGAAUGAAAUUAGACCCGUUUUGCCGGCCCUGGUCCGUAUGAGCCUUCUCUCUCCUCUGGACAACACCAAGUCUUCUAUGGAAUCGCGUAAACAAAUUCUAGCCGUUCUCAUUGGUAUUGAGGUUGUGAAUAGCAUCGUUUCCUAUUUGCAAGUUAACUACCACGAACUAGAGCAGGAACUUAAAAAAGAGCUGCAAGCUCGUCAAAAGUCUAUGUAUUAUGAUGGGCAGCAGGAGUUCGGCCUUCAAACAGGCAUUGCACUGGGAUUUGAAAGAGCCGAUGUGACUCGCAAAGUGAGAGUUGUGCUGUCGGAGAUAUUCAAUGUGCAAUGGCAAUUGUCGGAGCAGAAAUCGGUGGUACAAUCAGAAAUAUUGGACGAUGGCAUAUACUUAGAGGAAGUUGUUGAUAUACUUUGCAUUGCCCUGGCUGAGCUGCCAUCUUUACUUAAUAUACUAGAACUGACCGACACACUUGUCCAAGUUCCUAACGGCCAUCGGAUAAUAUGUGCGUUAGUGGCGAAUUUCCCAGAUUGUUAUCGCGAUGUUGUGACACAUGUUAUUGUCAAUUGCGACGAAGAGUCUACCGAGGGCAAGCAGAAGUUGGCACUCUUAAUGGCUCUGAGUGAGAUAAAUCCUAUACAGGCCUUAUCUACGAGAGCUAUAUGUGUUGAAAUUAUGAAAGUACCCUCAUUUAUGUUGAAACUAUGUUUGAAAUAUCCUCAGGAUCUGAUAUCUUUCUUGACUGGAAUGCUGUUGGGCAAAGAUCAAAAUGUUAGAACUUGGUUUGCCGAAUAUAUACAUGCAAGUCAAAAGCGUAAGGCGGAUGCCUUGAUAAUGGUACGGGCAGAGUUGUUACAGCAAUUGCUAAGUAUCAUACAGAUGGCCAACCGUGGCUCGGAUGCUGCAGCUUGCAAUGUCGAAGAUUACACAGUUCAGGGUGCAGUUAUUAUGCGUCUUUAUUGUGCUUUACGAGGAAUUGCUGGCCUAAAAUUUAACGAUGAUGAAAUAAAUGCACUGGCACAGCUGGUGACUAGUCGACCGCUGCCUACACCCUCUGGUAUGCGUUUUGUUUCAUUGGCUUUGUGCAUUUUGAUUGCAUGCCCCUCUCUGGUAUCAACAACUUCACUAGAAAAUAAAGCGAUUGAAUGGCUGCAAUGGCUUAUAAAAGAAGACGUCUUCUUUGGUCGACGAUCCGAUGCCAGUACAUCGUUAGGCGAAAUGUUGCUCUUACUGGCAAUCCACUUCCAUAGCAAUCAAAUAUCCGCUAUUGGCGAAUUGGUGUGUUCCACGUUGGCGAUGAAAAUACCAAUUCGGCCCAAUAGCACUAAUCGCAUUAAGCAAGUCUUUACUCAAGACCUGUUUACCGAACAGGUGGUGGCUUCGCAUGCAGUUCGGGUACCGGUCACGCCCAAAUUAAACGCCAGUAUUCCAGGAUACCUACCAGUGCACUGUAUCCAUCAAUUACUGAAGUCGCGGGCGUUCUUAAAGCACAAAGUUCCCAUCAAAUCGUGGAUAUAUAAACAAAUAUGCAAUUCAGUGCGUCCGUUGCAUCCCGUCAUGCCAGCGUUGAUUGAGGUGUAUGUUAAUACACUGAUAGUGCCCAACCCUCAGGGAAAGGUUAAUGUCGACCACAUGCACAAAUCGUUUUCGGAGAACGAGAUUUUGCAUAUAUUCAGAUCUAGUGGUGAUGGUACAAAUAUGAUUGGCGAUAUUAUUUCUGUCCCUCGAACAGGAAUUCUUCCGUCAAGCAUUACGUCGCUUGACAGCGAAGACUUAUCUAAAUAUCAAGUCCAAUGUCCCCUAACAGCACAACUGUUGAUGCUCUACUAUUUAGUUUUGUAUGAGGAAACACGAAUAACAAACUUGUCGAACGCCGCCUUGAGUGGACGCAAACUUAAGGAGUACACAAAUAGCUUUCUUUCGGAACUACCAAUGAAAUACCUAUUGCAAAAGGCACAGCAGUAUCAUAACGAUUACAUUGGAAUUUUCCACCCGCUUCUUAGACUUAUUGUUUCGAAUUAUCCCCACCUAAGUAUGGUAGAUGAUUGGCUGGAGGAGCAUUGCAGCCAUUCCAACAAUCAGCGUGUAGUGCGUUCGCCGUCCACUUUGAGUGUGCAACUUCAGGAGUCACUGAAAAGGAUCAAUUUUGACAAACUCGAUAUAGAACCCGGCAAAGCCAUUCCGGUUCUGAAGGCCUUACUCAAGCUACCAGCCGAAGAAUUGGCCCAAAAUGCAGAUGCGAUUGUACGUAAUUUACCCAAAGUUUUCAGGCGACAAGUACCACGAUCCAUUAAAAACCUAUAUCUAGACAUUUGGUUACGUUUGAAUGGUGUGCUACCCAUAAGCUUUUGGCGUAAGUCUCUGGCAUCAAUUAUGGCCUCCGAAGAUUACGUACAACGUUAUUCUCUGGUAUUAGAAAAUGUAUUAGAUCCUCUGCAGGUUCUUCGAUGUGGUCGCGAAGUAUUCCAGUGUCCACACACAUUAAUUAUAUUGUUGCGCAUUCUGCAGGGCAGUUUGGCGGCUUCAAAGGCACACCUAAAUAUUCAGAUGCAAUCACGGCAAAUAAUCGACAAAAAUGGACAGGUCCAGGUCGAUACAGAGAGGGAGGAACUGAAAACGGCUUUAAUUGCUUCUCAAGAGAGUGCAGCAGUUCAUAUUCUAUUGGAAGUUCUAGCUGAUAUGCACGCCAAUGGCACCGAUCGUGUUUCAUCUCUGGAGUUACGUGAAACUCAGGGCAUAAUCUGCUCCUUUAUCCAUCAGUCAUUCAUAUCAGAACCUUCACUCGCCAAACUUGUUCAUUUUCAAACUUAUCCCCGCGAAGUUAUACCAAUGAUGGUGAAGGGUGUUCCAUCUAUGCAUAUAUGCUUGGAUUUCUUACAUGAAUUUUUGAGCAUGCCCGAAAUGGACAAACAAAUUUUUACCAUAGAUCUGACAUCUCAUUUGGUCUUGAAAUAUGCCAUACCAAAGAGUUUGAGUGUUUCUAAGUUUUGUGUCAACACCAUUCAAUCGGCACUCUCACUGCUAUCCACAGAGGCAAAAUGCAAAUAUCUACGUAAUAUUCUCCCAUCGAUAAUACGAUUUGCCGAGGCAUUUCCAAUAUUAACGGACGACUGUGUCAACAUUCUAAUGCUAACGGGCCGUAGUCUAUACGCUCAGAGCACUCUUGGUAUAAAUUCAACACAAAUGCAAUUAACAGCAAAUUCUAGACAUAAAUGUUUCAAGGAAGCUCCGCGAUAUAUCGCAAUGAUAGAAGAGGCCUUUGAGACACUCAUUUCGAAGAUAAUCAAUAAAAUCGAGCUGUAUUAA